AUGACCAAGGCACGUCGGGUUAUUGAAACGGGAGAGCAAAUUAUUAUCACCGUUCAAGAGUGUGUUGAGAAGAUCAGGGCAGUCAAGGGUGAUAGGUCAAGCCCACCACCGUUGAUCCUUAAGUACGAGGAUGGCCACUACUCUGCCUUUGUCCACCGACUGCCGACUUUGGACAAGGCUACGGGGGAUGAGCGCAACGUCGACCGUGGUGGUUCCUCCGGUGAAGACAUGAGUGACAUCGUAAGAGAUAUUGAUGAGGAAAUGAAGGAAUCAGCGGAGCCGAUCGAGGCGACCGACCAAUAUGACGAUUUAUAG